AUGGCGCCUAACACCAUGAAUACAGAAAAUAGUCCUCUUGAAACCCAGGAGCUUGUGAAUUUAGCUCGAGAAAUUUUGGUGGUUAACUCAAGCAGUGAAGAAGGAAUAGAAAUCACUCAAAAUAUAGUUCAAAUGGCGACUCCAGAAGGUACAGAGAAACACGCGGAAUCGCCGACGGCUAGAUUCACAGCAGUCAAUGGUAGAAAUCAGAAUGAAACCUCGCCUACGACCAAUGGAAAUGGAAAUGUUACUAGCACUGGAGUAAAUGGAAACGGUGUUGCAAGGAGGGGCUCCGAUGAGAGACCAAAUGGACAACCUAGAAUUUCACCUCCAGGUCAUGAGAAAUUGACCAUCACAACAACUCAGGAUCAAGACUGGUCUUCUUCCAAAAAUGGAGAACGUACUCAUUUACCCGAUCGCCAAAUGAAUACGAGCCAGAAUUCAAAUCAUUAUUCCGACGAGAAUUCUCACAAACGUAAAAGAUCUGGUUCAAUGGAUCAAGGUUCAUCAUCCGCAAAUUCAUACCACAGCCAUGCCCUACCAAAUUCAACAAAAGCGACACCAACCACGGCGACUACUGAAUCUGAUGGGAUCAGAGAUGAUGGAAGUGUUCGAGCAAAAUCUCAACCUCAUUUAGAUUCCAGAGAGACGUACAGCGCAGAUUCACAGUACAGACAAUUUAUGUCGGCAACCGACUCAGCUCGGGAUACACCUUCGAAUGACUUAUGGCAUAGUCGUCAUUAUCCUCAGAAUCCCCAAGUUGCUUCCGAUGAGCAUAUUGGAGAGGUAUUACAAAGAGCAUCUCAAAAUCUGGAUGCGCAGCAGCAUGAGUACGAUCGUCGUACACUUUCUGGGGAUGAUAAUCGAUAUGCUGAUCCGCAAUCUGCUUACAGCCAAGAGAGACGGGAAUUGUCUGCACAAUCAGAUCUCAAGAAACGGAAAAGAAAUUUCAGUAAUAGAACCAAGACAGGCUGUAUGACAUGCAGAAGGCGAAAGAAGAAGUGCGAUGAAUCCAGGCCAGAAUGUAACAAUUGUCUCCGUGGUGGGUUUGUCUGUUCUGGAUAUCAACAACGAGGUUCCUAUCCAAAGGUCGAAAUGAAACAAACUCCAGUUCCAUUACAAUCCAAAACCGAAUACGAGAGCCCUUCUUCAUACACGCAGGCAUCACCAUACGGAAACCAACCUGGAAUUCCAACUCGAAGGGAACCAUUACCUGGAUAUCGUGGCCAAAGCUUACGUGUAGAUCCUCAUAGCAGAGCUAUCACAGAUGCAGACGAUCAAGCUAGCGCAACUACCUUACCUAGUGCUUCCAUUACAAGCCCGGAGAAUAAUCGAAUAUCUGCAUCAGGUUAUGGAAUCCAACAAACGCCCACUCCUGUGAGUGCAAAUAGUGCCCAUCCAGAUCGUUACAAGAGUGAGUACCCGCGCGUUGGACCUCUCCAUGAUCUUUCCAGGCAAGAGCCAAGAACAGAGCCGGAUACUGGAACACCGCAUUCUGCUCGUGAGCCUACUUCGGCUCUUCCAAAUCUACUCAAUCAUCAGAUUCACCCCGAUAGCCCCCAUAGCAGCGCCCAAGUUGCCGCACAACUAGCACUUUCUCAUCCUGCAAGCCGACAAAGAACUCAAAAGGAAGAAAUGUUAGCUGGCCGUCAUUACUUCCCAUUUGAUAAAGAACUAGUUCUUGAGCGUGAACGUUGCAAUACAGCUUGUUGGCGUUUCAACAAUAGCACAAAUCCUAAUAAUGGUGUAUCGCCCGAAGAACGAGCUCGUCAAUUCCGUGAUAUCCUUCAACCACGCGAUCAUGUCAUUUCUCCCACCCAAGCUACGACUGUCACUCCUGUUGGUAAAGUCGGCGAUAAUGUGGUCGUCGAAGCUCCAUUUACUUGCGAUUAUGGAUACAAUAUUAGCAUUGGACAAGAUGUUGCGAUUGGAAAGAACUGCACAAUUCUUGAUACUUGCGAGGUCAAAAUUGGUGAUCGUUGCAAUAUUGGACCAAAUGUUAGUCUCUAUACCGCCACGCUACACAUUGAUCCGAAGAGAAGACUUGGAUCCCGAGGACCAAAUUUGGGAAGGAAAAUCAUCAUUCAAGAGGAUUGUUGGAUUGGUGGUGGCGUAACAAUUUUACCUGGUAGAACUAUCGGGAAGGGUAGUACAGUGGGAGCGGGCUCAAUUGUCACAAGAGAUGUUCCACCUUACACAGUGGUUUGUGGAAAUCCAGCAAGAGUUAUUCGUGGUCUUUAUCCGCCACAUGAAGGCUAA